AUGCCCGUCAACGUAUUCCAGCCCUCGAAUCAGAUAAAACUCACCAAUGUCUCGUUGGUGCGCAUCAAAAAAGGCAAGAAGCGAUUCGAAAUUGCCUGCUACAAGAACAAAGUCCUCGAAUGGCGCAACAAGAUCGAAAAAGAUCUCUCCAACGUCCUGCAAAUCGAAAACGUCUUCCUCAACGUCUCCAAAGGCCAAGUCGCUCCCAAGGCCGAUCUUGAAAAAGCCUUCCCCAAGAAGACGGUCGAGGAGAUCAUAAUAGACAUAUUGGAGAACGGAGAGCUGCAGGUCGGCGAAAAGGAGCGCAAUGCAGAACUCGAGCGCACCAAGAACGAGGUCAUCGACAUCGUAGCAGGCAAAUUGGUCGACCCGAAGACGAAGCGAGUAUACACCACCGGUAUGAUAGAAAAGGCGCUUGAUGGGCUGAGUAGCCAAGCCGCAGCGCAGCAGAGCGACCAUGCCGAGGCGGGAGACGACAAGGCCAAAGCAAAGGACUUGCCAAAGUGGACCGGUAUCGUGACCACCAAGUCUGCAAAAUCACAAGCCCUCUUCGCAAUGAAGGCUCUCAUCGCACACCAGCCCAUACCGGUCGCGCGCAUGCAAAUGAAGCUGCGCAUCACAUGUCCCACCUCGGUCCUCAAGCAGGCAAUCAAGAACGCACCCAAGACACCCGCGGGCACAGACGAAAAGACCUCAUCAGGCACAGUCAAGGAUGCAAUUCUCGGUUUCAUGGAGAACAUCGAGAGUCAGGACACCAUAGGCGCUGAAUGGGAAGCCGUGGGCCUCGUCGAGCCUGGCGCAUUCAAGGGCCUGAAUGAAAUCAUCGAAAGCCAGACAAAAGGAAGAGGCAACGUCGAGGUUUUGGAAAUGGCAGUCGGUGCAGACGAUUGA